UUAAUCAUAUCAUAUGAAUUUAUUAAUUAAAACUAUUAAUAUUAUGAUUAAUAUUUAUGAUAUAGAUUUAAUAAUGAGCAAUCUUAGCCAUCUUGGGCUAGAUUUUUCAAGUCAUGAUGAUUCCACAAUGUCACAUUCGAUGAGAGUAUCUUAAUCUUUGUAGUUUUGUGUAGAAUCUCUAAGAAUCUCCUGAGAAGGACUUUCCAAUGCACAGCUCUCAUGGAAAAGUCAUUUAAGGCUUAAGUGCCUUAGCCUUAGCCUUAUCUUGCCUUAAGAGUGUUGAUUAUCAGACCUGGAGUACCUGUACAGUCCAUUGUUUCAUUGUAAUUGUGACCCUUUUACUAGAUAUAUAGAUCUACUAUGACAUAUUUGUCCUAUGUUUAUAGAACAAAGUCUGAUACAUGAUCAAACCAAUUCAUCUGGCAUAUUUUUCUUAGCAAAGGUGGAAAGAGCUGUUUGAUAUGAAAGGACUAUAAUUAUAAGGUCCAGGAUUUUAAAAAUUAAAAUGAUGGAAAAAGGACUAUACCACUGUCGGAUUUGUAGAGGUCCUAAAAUUCGCCAGAAGUCUUUUAAAAUUUCACCCAAUUUUUAAAAAUAUAAUUUUCACUGUAGACUCUAUUGAUAUGCUGAGUUCUCUCCUUGAUCAUACUUGUUCUGUAAGCCUGUCAAAGUUGGCACUAUCAUAUAAUACAUAGUAGUCUACCUUACCAUCUAGGUUAACUUAUUUAUUGUUUAUUUGCUAGUUUCUGUCCAUCAAUGAGUAUCUCUGGUUCUAUGAUUACUGUGCAGUGUAUAAUAGGAGACUGAUACAGAUUCUUUUUACAAAGCUGUAAUCAACUCACACUGUCUGUCACUAUGGAUCUUGGUUUCUAUGAUCUUGCAAAAUAAACCCAGAGUCACUAGAAAUGUCUGCUCUUACAAGUCCAAGGAGUUUACUGAAAAAUGUUGCUGAAAAUUUCAACCAAAUAUCCAUUUUCAAACGAAGCUCGACAAGAAGAAGCACUGUUAUAGUCUAUCAGAAGACCAAAAGUGGAAGAGAUGAAGAACCAGAAAAACCACCACUUAGGAAAGCAGCAUCAGCAGCUUUUAAAUCAAUAAUUCCGGAAACAAAAAAAUUUAUAACUGAACAGAAAGAUAUUUGGACCAGGAGUCCUAUGAUAGAAUGUGAACAUGGAAACUAUGAAGUUCUUUGCAGAUUUAAUAAACAGUCAGAAGUGGACAAAUGGAUUGUUAGCACUGACAGUGACAAUAAGGGAGGUAAAAGCACAGCUGAGUUCACAUUUUCAAAGAACAAAACUGGCUGGUUUCAUGGCAAUAUUUGCAAAGAAGUUCCUAAAGAUGGAUUAACCAAGUAUGCUGGCUGGGCUAAUAUCACAACAAAAACUCCUAAGAAAUCAUUCUUUCGAGAAACCAAUUGGGACUGGUCCCUGUUUAACUGUAUUGUCUUUAAAGUACGAGGAGAUGGCAGACCUUAUAACAUUGUGUUGGGCUGUAAUUUUUAUUAUGAUGUCAAUUGGCUAAACCGAUGGACUUUUCCAUUAUAUACAAGAGGUGGACCUUACUGGCAGAUUUCAAAGUUACCAUUUUCAAGGUUUUAUUUGAGUCACCAUGGAAGAAUCCAAGACAUUCAAGAAUACCCAUGUCUUUCUCUAGUGAACAGCUUAGGAAUAACUGUUAUGGACUCUGCAGAGGGUCCCUUCUCAUUAGAAAUUGAAAGUAUAGCCCUGAUGUAUGAUGUUAACCUUACUGAAAAGCAUGCUUAUGAAUUGUUUGAAGACAGAAAUUUUCAAGGAAACUGCUGAAAAUUUUUAAAAAAUUAUUUUUUUUAAUGACAGCAAUUUUUUAAAUUAAUGUUCUUAUCAGUGUACAUAUACAGUAUUUGAUUUAAAUUAUUGUACAAAAUAAAAAAUAAUGAUUGACACUUA